AUGAAACCUUUACCAGAACCAUGUAGCGCCGAACAUCAGAAGAAAAACUCCGGGGAAAAGAUGCCGACUGAAGCGGUACCUGGAAACACCCCGACCAACCUGAACUCCGCUCCCGGUCAGAAUCCAGCCCAGUUGAACGGGUCCACAGUUCCCAAUGGUACAAGCGAGUCUGCCUCCACCUCACCUGUUCAUCAACCAGAAGUCACCCUGCCGAGAGAACAGUGGGGUGGCAAAUAUGAGUUUCUACUCUCCUGUAUCGGCUACUGUGUGGGACUGGGAAACGUCUGGAGGUUCCCUUAUCUAUGCUACAGGAAUGGUGGAGGUGUGUUUCUCAUCCCAUAUUUCAUCAUGCUGUUCUUUACGGGGAUGCCCCUCUUCCUUAUGGAGCUCAGCCUCGGCCAGUACGGAGCUGCCGGCCCCAUCAAUGUCUGGAAAUGCUGCCCACUUCUUAAAGGUAUUGGCAUAGGGAUGUUGUGUGUGUCUACGCUGGUGUGUCUCUACUACAACGUCAUCAUUGCAUGGACGUUUUAUUACCUGGGUAGUUCUUUCCAGAGCCCGUUGCCAUGGUCCUGUGAUGCUAUCGCUAAUGCUGCUGUGUGUGGUAACACUACCAAUGGCUCAAAAUCCCUAACUGCAUCUGAGGUGUUCUGGAAUGAGCAGGUAUUGGGUGUGGUGCACAGCAAAGGACUGCAUGAUCCUGGGCCGGUGAGGUGGCAGUUGGCUUUGUGUUUACUGGCUGCCUGGGUGAUCAUUUUCCUCUGCAUGCUGAAGGGCAUACGCAGUUCUGGCAAGGUGGUUUAUGUGACUGCCACGUUUCCCUACUUCGUGCUGAUUGUUCUGAUCAUCAGAGGGGCGACUUUAGAGGGCUCACUGCAAGGUGUAGCCUUUUACCUCACUCCAAACUGGGGCAAGCUGGCAAAUGCUCAGGUGUGGAAUGAUGCAGCAUCACAGAUCUUCUACUCACUGGGCAUUGGAGUAGGAGGACUUCUGUCCAUGGCUUCCUACAAUAAAUUUGACAACAACGUGAUCAGGGACACGCUGAUCAUCACCACAGGAAACUGUGCCACUAGCUUCUUUUCUGGCUUUGCCAUUUUUUCUAUUCUGGGUCACAUGGCCUGGAGGAAAGGUGUGAAUGUGGAAGAUGUGGCAGACACAGGUCCAGGCUUGGCAUUUGUAGCUUACCCAGAAGCCCUGGCUCUGCUGCCAGGUUCAGUGUUUUGGGCCAUUAUGUUUUUCCUCAUGCUAUUUAUGCUGGGAUUGGACACACUGUUUGGUAACAUGGAAGGCAUUACCACAGCAGUGCUGGAUGAGUUUCCUUAUCUCAGAACCAACAUGAAGCACAAGACCAUUUUCCUGGCUCUGCUCUGUUUCGGCUUUUACCUGAUGGGCCUGCUGCUUGUCACUAAUGGAGGAAUUUACUGGUUCACCCUCAUCGACUCAUUCAGCACCAGUUUUGGUCUCAUCAUCAUCACUUUGUUCAUGUGUCUGGGCAUGUCAUUCUUUUACGGAAUAAACCAGUUCUGCAAGGACAUAGUGGAUAUGAUCUGCCACUGCCCAGCCUGGUGCACCAAACUGCUGCUAUACUUCAAAGCGUGCUGGAUUUUUUGUACCCCUUCUCUGUUACUGUUUAUCCUGACCUACAUCUUCAUUGAGAUGUACAGAACGUCACUCAAGUACGGCACAUAUGUGUUCCCUUCGUGGGGUAAAUCACUAGGGGUCUGUAUGGGAGUCAUCUGCUGUCUGCAGAUACCCAUCUGGGCCAUCGUGGCUAUCUGGAAAGAGUCUGGUACACUGACGGAUCGCUUUCAGAAAGCCAUUCGACCGCUGAACUCCUGGCGUGUAAACAACACGAACAACAGCAGAGCUCAGGAGCAGCAUGCAGAGCCGGAGAGGAUAGAAGCACCUUCCACUGUCAACCUGACUGAACUGGACUUCACUGCCAUGGCCUGGGAGGGAAGUGAAGCUUAACACUGCCCCCCCUUUCCAUCCUCCCCCUCCUGCAUGCAGUGGUAGGCAGGUGAACUGCAGCUCUCACAGAGGGGACGGAAGUAAAAUUCUGCUGAGCGUGAUGUGUGGUUUGGUGAUUAAGCAAUGCAAAGUUUCCUGUGUGCUGAUCGGAUGAACCGUACUGUAUAGAACUGGAAACGUGGACGAUUUUAUGUUUGCUGAAAACCAAAUUUCUAAGAGUUUUCUAAUUCUUUUAAAAGGCCUGAUUGGUGGUCAUUCAUUUUUUGUCUUAUGGGCAGUGUGUGGAAAGCAAACUGAUGGGGAGUUUAACAUGACACACAAGUUGCUUUAACAGUCCUUUAAUGCAUCAUGCUGGACUUUUGAUAACUGUGUUUAUAUUAUUUUAUAAAUUAUGUUCUACUAAAGGUCUUUAAUGGCUCGCCCGGGUCUGUGUCAUAAACAGUUUAUAUCCUGAA